GGUGAUGGCCAGAGUGACGUUUGGAGCUGUGGCAGUCUUGGCAUGUCUGAUCAGUGUGAGGGACUGCCUUGCUCACUGGACCAGCACAAGUGCACACAAGCCCGAUGACGACGAAGGGUGUCACUGGGGGGACUUAACACACAACCACGUCGUGCUGGCUGUGAUACACGUAUAUAACUUGCCAAGUGCUCCUCCACCUCCGCGAGGUCUUGCCGUUCAUUUCCCGACUCCUCUCCAUCAAAGCAGUCCCCCCACACAGCAGCUCGUUGCCCAACGGUGCCAGUCAAAUUAUUACGAAAAAGUAAACCCUUUUACGAAGGAAGAGGAGCUUUAAGUGAAAAACCAAAGCAGAACAGAUAUACCCACGCCACCAUGAUCCUCGCAGACCUCUUCUCCAUGAUCCUCCGCCUCGCGGAGCUGGCCUUUGCGGCCAUCGUGGCCGGCCUCAACGGCGAGUACCUGCAUGCGGUGCGCAACGCCGACUCGUGGCAGCUCGGCCGCCACAUCUACACCGAGGUGCUCGCGGGUCUCUCCAUCUUGCUGGCCAUCAUCUGGCUGUUCCCCUUCAGCGGGUCCUUCAUCCAUUGGCCGGCCGAUUUUGUCAUUAGCGUCGCCUGGUUUGUGGCGUUUGGUUUGCUGGUUGAUUGGUUGAAUGGCAGCUGCGGAUAUGUUUUUGACUGGGACGGCAUCAACUUCAAUGGAACGGCCUCGUGCUCGCAGUGGAAGGCUACCAUUGCUUUUGCUUUCCUGAGCGCUAUUUGCUGGCUUGCCAGCGCCAUCUUGGGCAUCUACUGGGUGCGCCGCCACACGGCCCCGGUCGACGGCGCUUACUACCGCCGCCGCCGCUGGUACCGCUCGACUGUCUGAAAGGGGUGCUCGAACACUCACGAGAUGUACUCGACAACUUCCUGCUGGCUUCAGGUUGCUUGCUGCUAGUCGGUCUACAUUUGCAAACCCUUCAGGUCAAAAUCACGAUACGAUACCCUAUUUCCAUAUACCCAUCUCGCUCUGUUGAACCUUUGGGCGUUCAGCUGGUCUGGUUCCUGAGAGUCAUGAUUCUUAAUCCUCAAAUUUCAGUUUUGUAAUCUCG